UUACACCACAAGAGAGGCUUCAGGUAGCAAGACGUCGACUACGCAAGCUUGAAAAGCAGCAUACUAGAGAACAGAGGAAGUCAGUGUCUCGGAAGCAGCAGACGCCUGUACGGAAACGAGAUAGGUUUCAGAAUCUUAUGAAGAAGAUUGCCAUUGGGAAUCCCAAAGAUAUUUGAGGUACCCUAGACCACCUUCGAGUUUUAACACCCUGUUAAUGAUUUGCGCAGAGAGUACCUGUCCUACUCCAGUCUCCUCGACCCCGAUCAUCGUUUUGGUUCUAGGAGCUGUUCCUUCAACUUUAAAUCACACCCCCAAGGCAGAAGAGAAGUAGAAGCCUACAUACCAUCACAACACCCCUACUUGCAUGUCUGGUUGUAGAGCAUCCGGAGUAGGGUGCAGUGCUGGAUCCUGUCCGGCUGGAACAACGUCUGGACUCGGUACCUCUGGAAUCGGACUCGGCACUAGUUCCUUUUCGACUGGUUCAACAUCUGGAGGCACUACAUCAUCCGUACCUUUCGCGGCCGUUGCAGGUGGUACAAGCUCGUCGUUCUCUAGAAAACAUCCUCUGACUCCUUUGACCCCCGAAGAAGAGCAGGCGAAAAUAGCGCGUAAAGCGGCAAAGAGAAAGGAACGAACGGCCAAGGUAAAGAAGUUGCUCAACAAGGCCAAGUUCAAGGUCGCGACAACUGUCUUUCGCAAAUCUUGAUCACACUCGCCACUGUAUCAACCUUGCUGGUGGUAAACGCGAGCACAGAACCACGAAACCUCAACCACGCGGUCCUUUAAGCAAGCUAAAAGUUGGGCCGCGAGGUAUCCAAAUGGGCAGCAUUCGGUUCUCCAGCGACGUUCGUGAUCGACUAGACCCAGACAUCAGUCGUUGGCCGGGCGUGUACGUUCAUCCUGGUGAGUUCAAGUCUGCUGCAGAUAGACCUAGAGAGCCACACGCUUGGGAGAGAUGUCGUGAUCUGCUCAAAAGGCUGAAGACGACAAACAAAAGACGCGCUCAUUCGCAUGGCAAACGUCGGUGGAUCCACCGAACAAAAUCUUCAAAAGACAGUGUACCUACUAUUAACACCCACGGUUCCUGAUGGUAAUCGCAUGCGAAGGGAUUCAGGGCAAGAAAUGGACGUGG